CGGCCGUGCUGGAGUACCUGACGGCCGAGAUCCUGGAGCUGGCGGGCAACGCGGCCCGCGACAACAAGAAGACGCGCAUCAUCCCCCGCCACCUGCAGCUGGCCAUCCGCAACGACGAGGAGCUCAACAAGCUGCUGGGCAAGGUGACCAUCGCGCAGGGCGGGGUGCUGCCCAACAUCCAGGCCGUGCUCCUGCCCAAG